UUAACACUACUCAGCGCAGCUGUACGACACGAGAGAUCAAAUAUAUAUGGGGCGCGGCGGUCUGUCGGCAAGGAGCGCCACCGCCGUCGUCGUCGACGGUGGGGACAAUAAGGAGCUGAAGUCGUCGUGGCCGGAGACGGUCGGGAAGCACAUGGUGGAGGCGAUCGCCAUCAUCAAGUCGGAGAGGCAGGACGUCAUCCUGGAGCUCCACACCGCCGACGACCCGCAGCCGCCGGACUACAACGACCAGCGCGUCUGCCUCUUCCUCGACGACAGCCUGAUCGUCGUCAGGACGCCCGUCGUCGGCUAGCUGCUGGCCGGGCCGACGGUCGUUUCCUUCAACCUAGCUAGCUACGGGUACACAGAUUAAAGGACGAUGUGUAUGUAGGAUUUUGUUGUUGUACUUUACGUGUGUGUGACGAUGUGAUGAGAUCGUGUGAUCGAUCAUAAUAAGUAUUUACCGUACGUACGUGAUCUGCAUGCAUGCAUGGCAUGCGAGUGUACCAGUAGAGAGUGUGCAAGAAUAAUGCUGUACCCGACCAGCCGGUGUGUGUUGAUUCAGUCGUGUCGUCGUCGCUAUAUAUAUAUGCAUGCUGCCCAUUUUGUGCCCA